AUGCCAAUACGACGGUUGUCAAUCAAGCUAAAGGUCUGGGGGGAUCCUAGUGGCGCUUCAGCGGGUGCAGGUGCCGCUCUCUUCGGCGAGCGCUUCGACUGGUGCUCCUCGCCAGCUGGUGGACCAAUGGCUCCCACGCCAGCAAUGCUUCUGGGCUUGCUCCUCUCCGUGUCGCUCCAUGCUGCCAGCGCUAGCCGGGCCCUUCUUCAGUCCUCUCCUAAUACCACAUUGACGGGACUGGUUGGAGGAACUUCUGCUUUGUCAACUCUGCUGUCCGCAGUCUCAACCGCGGGCCUGGCAGAUACCUUAGCCGGCAAUGGCACGUUCACUGUUUUUGCACCCUCCAACGACGCUUUUACCAAGGACAUCAAGAGCAUCUACUGCAUCAAGGACUACGGCUUUGGCGGCAAGUGCGCGAACGCUAGUGACCUGCUUGCAGCACAAAACCUCGGGACCAUCCUACUCAACCACGUGGUCGCUGGCAGCUUUCCGGCCUCCAGCCUCGCCAACGGAACCCUGCUUAAGACCCUGGGGGGUUCCGUCCAGCGAGUCGUCAUCCUGCCCAACGGAACGGUGACAGUUGGCGGCGCGCCAGUGGUUACUGCUGACGUGGCAGCCACCAACGGGCUCGCCCACGUGAUGGGCGGGGUCUUAUACAGGGACUCGCAGUUCAACGUGACGACCGUCGGGACGUACCUGGACACGAUCGCGGACCUGGGACCGCAAGUGACGUCACCUCAGUCGUUCCCGGAGGCGAGGAAGGCGCUGAUGGUCCAAGACGCUCAGGACAACGUCGACCGCUUCCGCAGCUACCGUCCGAUCGUGGAGCGUCCGGACGGCGGGUACACAUACCCUAUGCCGCUCCUGUUCGACAAUACGCAGGGGAACCGGGAGUCGUAUUGCGUGCCCACGGAACAGCCCAAGUGGACUUACCCGGAAACGACAAACGUGACGAGGCCGGCCGAUAACGAGACGCUGGCGUAUAUGUCGGUGAUGGAGCUAGCGGCGCUGAUCAAGAGCAAGCAGGUGACGUCAACGGAGCUCGUGGACCUCUACACGGCGCGACUCAAAGAGUACGACAACGUACUGGAAGCCGUUGUGACAUACACAACCGACCUCGCAUACCAGCAGGCAGCUUUGGCCGACCAAUUGCUGGCCAACGGUACAUACCUGGGACCGCUGCACGGCAUACCCUAUGGGCUGAAAGACCUCAUAGCCGUGCCGCCGUAUCGGACCACGUGGGGCUCGGGCGCGUUCAUCAACCAGGUCGUACCCAGGGAGGCGACCGUCUACUCCAAAUUGACGGCGGCCGGCGCUGUUCUGGUCGCCAAGCUGUCCACCGGGGAGAUGGCAACCGGGGACGAGUGGUGGGGCGGCAAGACCAAGUGCCCCUGGAACAUCGCGGUCGGGGCGUCUGGCUCUUCUGCGGGCCCCGGCGCUGCCGUGGCGGCCGGCAUGGUUGGAUUUGCUCUCGGCACUGAAACCGGGGGUUCCAUUAUCGGGCCCGCAGCCCAGAACGGAAUCUCCGGAUUCCGCCCAACGUUUGGGUUGACCAGUCGCGCAUACUGCAUGGCGCUUUCCCAGACCCUGGACAAAGUGGGCCCCAUGGCCAGGACCGCAGAGGACGCCGCCGUCAUCCUUGACGUCAUCCGUGGCAAAGACGGCAUCGACACGUCAGCAUGCAACGUGGCACUGCAAAGCCCAUUCACCAUUGACGUUACCAACCUGACGGUCGGGUACCUGCCGGAUACCCCUGCGGCGGCCCUCGCGAUCUUCAACGAGACACUGAAGAUGAAGCUCGUUCCGGUCGCGUUCAAGAAUUCCGCUCCGGACUUCAGCGCCCUGUACGAGGUCAUCCGCGGAGCGGAAGCCGCGGCGUAUUUCGACUACUGGAUGCGCAGCGGAAACAUCGAGAACAACACCGCACCGCUCCAGUGGCCCGUCAGACUGCGUCGCAGCCGCAUGAUCCCCGCUGUCGAGUACAUUCAGGCGACACGUGUCCGCGGCGUAACCAUCACCGAGAUGUUCGCCGCGUUUUCCGGCGUUGAUGUCUUCUUAGGCCCCGCCACGACCUACACCAGCUAUGGGAACAUUGUAAACAUUCCUGAGAUCUCGAUUCCGUACGCAUUCGCUCCGGCGACCGUUCCGUCCAACUACACGGCGAGCACUCCGCGGAAGAGCCCGCAGAACGUCGGAAUCUAUGGCCUGCCUUACUCAGACUCCAAGAUCCUGGCCGUCGCGAUGGCCUUCCAGAAAGUCAACACCGCCAACCGGCAGCGCCCCCCGAUCAACCUCAUCGAGCCGGAGGUUCUGGCCAACUGCAGCUCCCCAUAUAGUCGGUGCAACAUUCCGGCCGCUACGGUCGCCCUUCUCAGCCAGACCGGAAUCAACAAUCCCCCGGUGCAAAUCAAGACGUACGGAAUGGUGUAA